ACAACAUGACAGAAACACUUCUAUUUCUACUGAACCCCAGCUGUGCAGCACCUUGAAUCUGAGAGCUGGGACCUGUUUUAUUCCAAAAGAUAAUGAAGACCCUUUCUGCACCUCGGUCCAGGUCCCUGUGCUUGGCUCUUCUGCUGUCAGGCGUGCUGUCUUCUGGAUACACUCUCCCUCACCUCCGCAGCUUAGACAGCUCCAGCCUCUCUUCACCUCCAAUCAGUGAAGAUAAUGAUUCUCCAAGACGCCACACCCAGUGGGAGGUGCUCUACCCUUCCAUCUCCCUUCGUGAUUGGAGCGUUCAAAUGAUGUCCCCACCGGAACUCCCCGCCCCCAAGCUCAAACCCCGCCUCCUAUCUGCUCUGGCCUGGCUGCCCAGCAGUCAAUCAGAGGAAGAGUCCCUGGUCCGAGAAGCAGGGUUGGGCAAGAGCUGGCCCUCUGAUUGGUCAGCGCAGGCUGCCGACACGGAGAAGAGGAAUAUAGUGGUAGCAGAUGACGCAGCGUUUAGAGAAAAAAGCAAACUACUGACAGCCAUGGAGAGACAGAAAUGGCUCAACUCCUACAUGCAGAAACUGCUGGUCGUCAAUUCACAGUAAAAACAACAGCAUAUUUCAUACAAAACCAUUGAUUUCUUCACCUGUCCUUUUCAUUUUAGGUCUAUUUUAUAAUAAAAAUAAAAAAAUCUCAGUAAUUAAAAGUAAGUUGAGUUAUAUGACUGAGUUGACUAAUGAAAUUCUAAUAAACUUUUUCUUCCUCUCUCUUUCCAGUCUUUGUCCCUAUUUCUCUGUUCCACUUUCUCUCCCUCUCAAACCUCAUGGAGAACAGAUUUGAAAGAGGACGGGUCGUUACCACGGGUUGAUGCUCUCAUAGCUUUUGAAAGGGCACAGGGGUCGUUACCACGGGUUGAUGCUCUCAUAGCUUUUGAAAGGGCACAGGGGUCGUUACCACGGGUUGAUGCUCUCAUAGCUUUUGAAAGGGCACAGGGGUCGUUAC